AUGAAAUCCAUCGCAAACUCAAUGGCCCAAGACUCCAAUCACGCCAUUGUUUUCGGAGCAGCCGGACUCCUGGGCUGGUCUGCUGUGAAUCAACUUCUCUCCGGCUAUCCCACUUCCCGCUCAUUUUCCCGAGUCACAGCCGUGCUUAAUCGUUCUGUGCCAGAACCUGAACUCCACUGGCCGACUGGCCCAGGUAGACCGCAGCUACAGAUUGUCUCGGGCAUUGAUCUUCUACAAGGAACGGGAGACGACCUGGCAAAGCAAUUGAAGGAGAAAGUCAAUGGAGUGGAGGAGAUAUCCCAUGUUUUCUACUUUGUGUUCGCCUCCCUGAAUGAGGAUCCCAUCAAAGAGUGCGCCCAAAACUGCGGCAUGAUGCAGAGGCUCGCGGAUGCCCUCAACAUGGUAGCUCCAAGCCUACGGACGUUUGUCUAUUCCGGUGGCACCAGAGGAUACGGUAUCUAUAUACCAGGUGGCAUAUUCCAACCACCCCUUGUGGAAUCCAUGGCCGACAACCUUCCAGACGACUACGCCAGGACAGUUGCAUACCCCUGGUUCCAAAAGAUCCUCACAGAGUCCAGCAACGGACGCGGUUGGACUUGGACCGAGGUUUGUCCUGACGCCGUCGUUGGAUUUACCCCGAAUGGCUCUGCCUUUUCUCUGGCGCUCCACUGGGCGCAAUAUCUUUCUCUAUACGCUUACAACCAUGGAAUUAGACCGAAUGGUACAGCCAGUCCAAACAGGGAUGAGGUGAAAGUACCCUUCCCUGGAGAUGAAGCAGGGUAUCGAUCUCUCUUGACGCCGGUCUCUGAGAAGAUUCUCGGUCGAAUUGCCAUCCAUGCAGCUCUCGACCCCGAUAAAUGCGGUCAGAAAACCAUCAACAUGGUGGAUAAUGACCGUCCGGUGAGCUUUGCCGAUUUAUGGCCUGCCAUCGCCAACUGGUUCGGGCUCAAGGGAGUAGGACCUUCGUCAGUUGGUGACGCUUUCAAGCCGGGAGAAUAUGUAACCAAGUUCCGUCAUCUGUUCACGGAGAAUGAGCGACCGAAAGGAGCGACGUGUGGUGUGGGUGCUGGAAGUACCCAGUUGGAUUCCCUAGGAUGGUGGUUGUGUUUUGACCGUCAUUUGAGCUCGGAGAGGCUGCGGAAGAAAAGCUGGGAUUAUCCUUUGAGAAAGGGAAAGUACAAUAGUAUGAUUUCCAGCCCAGCUGUUUUACUUCCUGUAUUAAGACAGGAUUCGCUGGCCCCUGCUGGUCAGUCGACCAAGUCCGAUCAGACCGAGGGCAAUCUUCACGCCCUCAUCAAGAUCGGGAAGAUCAAUGCUCUGGACCCGGCAGUACUUGCCUCAUACCUUUUGCACGCCAGUGACAUAGGAGAUCUGCUACUCUUUUUGGAGCCUUUUCCGCUCGUCUACAGUGGCAUUCACGGAUUCCACCUUGGACAACUGGGCCUUUGA